AGGAUCGGAGAGCGGGGGGAGCGGGCGAGGGGAGCAGGGGUGUUGGGGGGGGAGCCAGAGAGCCUGGGGGGGCUGCAAAAAGAGAGAAAGAAAACAGCAGGAACCACAACAAAACGCCAGCAGGGCGGGCGGGCGCGCAGCAGCAGCGGGGCGGCCGAGGCAGUAGCGGCGGCAGCGGCGGCGGCGGCGGAGGCAGCGGCCGGUGCCCGGCUCGGGCUCGGCUCCCGCGACCCCGGGGCGCCCGGCGGGCCCCCCGCCCCCUCCCCCUCCCCCCUUCCCCUUCCCCUUCCCCUCCCAGCGCGCUCGCGCGCCCCGCGGCCCUCGGCGAGCAGCUCGGCUCCCCCCAGCGCUCCCCGGGCCCAAAGAUAUGGCAAUGGUAGUUAGCAGCUGGCGAGAUCCGCAGGACGACGUGGCCGGGGGCAACCCCGGCGGCCCCAACCCCGCAGCGCAAGCGGCCCGCGGCGGCGGCGGCGGCGGCGGCGAGCAGCAGCAGCAGGCGGGCUCGGGUGCGCCGCACACGCCGCAGACCCCGGGCCAGCCCGGAGCGCCCGCCACCCCCGGCACGGCAGGGGACAAGGGCCAGGGCCCGCCCGGCUCGGGCCAGAGCCAGCAGCACAUCGAGUGCGUGGUGUGCGGGGACAAGUCGAGCGGCAAGCACUACGGCCAAUUCACCUGCGAGGGCUGCAAAAGUUUCUUCAAGAGGAGCGUCCGCAGGAACUUAACUUACACAUGCCGUGCCAACAGGAACUGUCCCAUCGACCAGCACCACCGCAACCAGUGCCAAUACUGCCGCCUCAAGAAGUGCCUCAAAGUGGGCAUGAGGCGGGAAGCGGUUCAGCGAGGAAGAAUGCCUCCAACCCAACCCAAUCCAGGCCAGUACGCACUCACCAACGGGGACCCCCUCAACGGCCACUGCUACCUGUCCGGCUACAUCUCGCUGCUGCUGCGCGCGGAACCCUACCCCACGUCGCGCUACGGCAGCCAAUGCAUGCAGCCCAACAACAUCAUGGGCAUCGAGAACAUCUGCGAGCUGGCCGCGCGCCUGCUCUUCAGCGCCGUCGAGUGGGCCCGAAACAUCCCCUUCUUCCCGGAUCUGCAGAUCACCGACCAAGUGUCCCUGCUGCGCCUCACCUGGAGCGAGCUGUUCGUGCUCAACGCGGCCCAGUGCUCCAUGCCGCUGCACGUGGCGCCGCUGCUGGCCGCCGCCGGCCUGCACGCCUCGCCCAUGUCCGCCGACCGCGUCGUGGCCUUCAUGGACCACAUCCGCAUCUUCCAGGAGCAGGUGGAGAAGCUCAAGGCGCUGCACGUCGACUCGGCCGAAUACAGCUGCCUCAAAGCCAUCGUGCUGUUCACGUCAGAUGCCUGUGGCCUGUCCGACGCCGCCCACAUUGAGAGCCUGCAGGAGAAGUCUCAGUGCGCACUGGAGGAGUACGUGCGGAGCCAGUACCCUAACCAGCCCAGCCGCUUCGGCAAACUCCUACUGCGACUGCCCUCCCUGCGCACCGUGUCCUCCUCGGUCAUCGAGCAGCUCUUCUUCGUUCGUUUGGUAGGUAAAACCCCCAUCGAAACUCUCAUCCGGGAUAUGUUACUGUCUGGGAGCAGCUUCAACUGGCCUUACAUGUCCAUCCAGUGCUCCUAGACCUUGGGCGCUCCCCACCUGCCCCCGCCCCCCUAGAGACUCACUGGACCGGCGGGGGCCAUGGACUCCAAAGCUGCGGGGACAUCAGGCGGCUGUUGCAGGGUGCAGCCAGGCAGGGGGGAGGUGGGCCGGGCCGACAGGAGCAGCCCACCCUGCAGAAAUGCAACCUGAGCUGCAAACCAGGAGAAAAAGAGACUCUCUUUAGGAUCAGAUCUGUGAACAUGUUGGAAAGGAAAGAAAAAGGACCUUGUGUCUGGUGAGAAAAGGGAAAAAAAAAAAAAAUUGGAAGAGAGGACCAUGAAAAUUUUAAUAAAACAGAAGGAGACUAAUGGACCUUCCAGGAUUUAUUGUGGACGGAUGUGGAUAUAUUCUGUACAGAAAACAACACAUGGAAGUGGACUGAAUUCUAUGUAGAAACACACACACACACACACGCCCCAAACAUUGUUAUUCAUUUUGUAAAAUACUAGUCUUUAUUUUCAUUUUUUUGUAAAAUUUAAACAUCGUAUGCACAUAAAAAAGGAAACAAGAAUUAGGGGAAAAUAACAUUUUCCAAAUAAUUAUAAAAAAAUUGUCCUGUGUCUAUGUAUCUAUAUCUGUUUUGUAUUUUUUUCUGGUUCCAAACCAGAUUUCCUGUGAUUCUAUACUAAUAAUUUUUGAUAUAACCCUUUGCUUCUUAUAAUGAGUGCGAUAUAUGUUGUCAAGGCUGUUCUUCAAGAAUUAAAAUUGAAGUGAAAAUUUAAACAAAAAAUAAAAGAAUUUAGCAAAA